UAGGCCAUAAUUGGUUUGUUAGAAUAUCAGGUUGAUUUGUGGGGGGAGCUGCAGAGAACGAUCAGCUUCCAAAACUCUCCCAAUCAGAAUAAUCCUUCACUGUACUGUAGUGUGCAAGUUUUAUUUCAACUAAUUAUUCAAUGAUUAAAUGACCAACAUAAUUCGUGUUUAGCUUGAGAGUAUUGUCACUGCAAAAACGGUGAUCAAGCAGCUUGAAAUAAGUUGGAUUUGUUUGUGUUAAGAAAAAUCAAUAAGUUCAUGAAGAAAAACACAACCAGAAGUUAGCACUAUAUUUUGUUAAAACUGCCCUUUUAGCUUUUUUUACUCAUCUGCAAGAAUGCUUCUAAGCUGCAAUUUAGUGUCAACCUACAGUUUCAAAAAUAUUCUGUUGCAGUGAGAGUAAAACUUGAGCCUGGACCUGGAUUGGUUCUCAAGUGUUGCUGCCUCUUCUUCAUGGUUUUUUAUUAUUAAACAUGAAAGCAGCCCAGAUAGUGGGGCGCACGUCAGCAGUGGAAGCCAUUUGAAUGAUUUGUGAUUUUUCAGUAAACAGGUUGAGUAAAUGCAUUUUGUGUUUCAUUUUGAAUGUAAACUCUGAAGAUAGCUGAUGAGAAUUUCAUUAUGCCCAAUGUUUUGCAAAUGUUUACCCAGUGCAUUAAUCUCAUGUAAACUGGGCACUGGCAGAUACUGCUCUGAAAUGGUCUGUCUUUAGAAAUCUGCCUUCUCCUUAGGUUUUAAGUGUUGGAUCAAUAAGAAACAAUGGAGCUGAGAUUUCUGUGGAUUACGUUCUGUUCAACCUUAGGACACUUCUAAAUGAAUGCCUUUUAAUGCAGUCUGUUGCCCAGUUGAUCCAUUCAUUAUUUUAAAUCUGCCUAAUUUUGCAGCUGAGAAGCAGUUCUCAAGAAAAAAGGCAUGUGUGUUACAGCCCAUGGCAAGAAAUGUUCUUUAAGGCUCCAAAGAGUUUGAGCAGUCUCAAAGGCUUCUUGGUUCCUGAAGGAAGCAAUGCCCCACACCACGGUCCUUCGUCUCAUCCUGUUGUCACUGUCUGGCAUCCUGCUCCCUUUUGUGAAAGCUGCAGAAUACCCCCAAGGACCCAUCCCUACACUGUGGAAUGAUCCACCAGAGCUGCCCUCCGGAGGGGGGCCUUUAGAAACCACAACCACCACUCGGUUUUCAGACUCUCCAGGAUUCCCACCUUAUACUUCUGAUUAUGAACCUGAGGACACCACUCAUCUCCACCAGCAGGAUGAUGGCAAUGGGUCUCUUGGUCCAGGAGCUAUUGGUGCCAUUGUGAUUGCUGCUCUGCUGGGCACAUCUGUGAUUGUGGCCUUGAUUGUCAUCACCCUUCGAAAGUUCUCUGCUUCUUAAAACUAAUAAAAGUUUUUUUCAUAGUAUAUGCUUAUCUACACUCUCUUCUUUCUCUGCGCCCAUGUGUGUUUUCUGUGUCUGAAAUGAAAGAAAUAAUAUAUUUUGCAGACAUCUCAUGGGGUAGCCUUUCUCUUGAUCUGGGAUCAAGGGCAGGUUGCAUAUAACUCUUUCUGUUGCAGAUGCUUUGAAAUUGUAUUUUUAAAACUGCAUUUGUCAUUGUGGUAGGGAACAUCAUACUGUGUAUUUAUUUUUUGAAUGCCCAAUUUUAUGUUCUGUUUUAUUAAAUGAUCCUUUUGUCUAAAA